CGCCAUGGCCGAUGUCCAGAUCACCCGGGAAGUACGCCCAGAAAAAGACGUCAUCCCUGAACUCGACACUUCGCGUCUGCAACUUUCGGACACCGAGUGGCAGUUCUUGUACUCAGCGAUCCCUGGUGAUCAAGAUGAAAUCAAGUGGAAGAUACUAGAGAUCCAACGAGAGGCAUACUCGCAAUGGCCAUAUCCCUGCAUACAUGGCUUUCACUUUGUGUGUUUGAUGAUGCGGCGGAAUGAAAUAUAUCCCCGCGUCAUCGAAGCGGCAAAGGGAGGUGACACCAUAUUCCUGGACAUCGGAUGCAUGAUGGGAAGCGACGUAAGAUGUCUUGUGCAGGACGGAUAUCCCGCCUCGAAUGUGCUGGCCACGGACCUGCACCAGGAGUAUAUCAAUCUCGGUCACAAGUUGUAUGAAGAUGCGAACUCGUGUAACAUCCGCUUCUUCGCUUCCGAUAUCCUGGAGCUCUCAUUGGAUUCGCCCUCGCUAACAUCGGCCGUCGCCUUAUCUGAUGUAACAAACCUCGCCCAACUACGCAACAGGCUGGUGCACGUUUAUACCGGCGCACUCUUCCAUUUGUUUGACGAACCUACGCAAUAUGCUAUGGCAUUGCGAGUUGCGCUGCUCUUAAAGAGAGAUACUGGAGCUAUAAUCUUCGGAAGACAUCAAGGACGUGAAGAGGAAGGUCUGAUACCCGAUCAUAUGAGCAGAGUGCGCUACGGGCACUCCCCUGAGUCGUGGAAGAAGUUGUGGAAACGGGUCUUUGGGAAUCUGGAAGGCGAAGACUUUGCACAGAACCGAGUGGAGCAAUCGCAGCACGAGGAGGAGAACAACGUAUUCAUCAUAUGA